AUGUCCGAGACGUCCUCCCACGACUCCUUCUACGACUCGCUCUCGGACCUGCUGGAGGACGGCGAGAAUGCGGCCUUCUUCCCGGGGCUGUCGGCCUUCCUCAGCCAGGAGGAGAUCCACAAGAGUCUGGACCUGGCCCGCAGAGCCAUAGCCAGCUCGGAGACGGACGACUGCGCCUGCGAGGAGGUCCCGCAGCGCUGCAGCCCCUCGCCCAGGAGCCGCCGGAAGCCGCCGGCCCCUCAGGAGGCCCGGCCGGGCGAGCGUGCAUCCCCGGGGACACCUGGGGACAGCAGGCGGGCACCUGCCACGCCUCCGCCAGCCGAGCAAGCCGAGCGCAUCUCCUCGCCCGCAUCGCGGAGGAAGCCCGGAGUCUCGCCCCUGCUGGCCAGGCCCAGCUACAUCCGGAGCCUGCGCAAGGCUGGGAAGCAGGUGGCCAAGGCCCCCGGCGCCAGCCCCAAGCCCAGGGUCGCGCGGCCCGGCAGAGCCGGCCCCCAGAGCCCGCUGAACGACAAGGCGGCCACCCUCAUCGAGGAACUGACCUCCAUAUUUCGAGAAGCCGCCAAGCCCAGAACCAGGAGCCCGGACGGGGAGUCCUCCUCCCCGGACAGCGGGUACCUGUCCCCUAAAAACCAGCCGUCAGACCCAAGGAGCGCCUCGGCCAGCCGCAGCCCCACCCGGGACCAGCAGGAUGUGGAGGCCAGGGCCAGGCCCCCAGCACCCGGGCAUCACCCCCCGGUGGCCCAGGAUGUGGCCCGGCCCAGCCGCAGCCCCUCGUCCCCACCGCCCCUCAGCGCCCGCCACCCCCCAGCCGCUCCCCGCUUCAUCCAAAAGCUGCGGAGCCAAGAAGUGGCAGAAGGUAGUCGGGUCUACCUGGAGUGCAGAGUCGCUGGGAACCCACCUCCUCGGGUCAGAUGGUUCUGUGAGGGGAGUGAGCUGCACAGCAGUCCCGACAUCCAGAUCCUCUGGGACGGGGGCGACCUGCACAGCCUGAUCAUUGCCGAGGCUUUCGAGGACGACACGGGGCGCUACACCUGCCUGGCCGCGAACCCCAGCGGCUCCGACAGCACGUCCGCCGAGGUGUUCAUCGAAGGUGCCAGCUCAUCAGACUCUGACAGUGAAAGUUUAGCUUUCAGAUCGAAACCUGGAGCCAUGCCUCAAGCUCAGAAGAAAACCACUUCCGUGUCCCUGACCAUUGGAUCAUCAUCCCCAAAGACAGGAGUGACCACAGCUGUGAUCCAGCCUCUGUCAGCCCCUGUUCAGCAGGCCCCCAGCCCCACCUUGUUCCUCUGCCGGCCGGAUGGACCCGCUGCCGCCUGCCUCCCGCCUGUCUUCACCAAGGAGCUGCAGAACAUUUGUGCGUCCGAGGGCCAGGUGGUCGUGCUGGAGUGCCGUGUGCGAGGCACACCCCCGCUGCGGGUCUGCUGGUUCCGACAAGGCAGUGAGAUCCAGGACUCACCGGACUUCCGGAUCCUGCAGAAAAAACCUCGAUCCACAGCUGAACCUGAGGAGAUCUGCACCCUGGUUAUCGCAGAGACGUUCCCCGAGGACGCUGGCAUCUUCACAUGCUCGGCCAGCAAUGAUUAUGGCUCAGCAGCCAGCACUGCCCAGCUGGUGGUCACCUCAGCCAGCACAGACGCCUGCGGCUACGACUCGGCAGGAGAGUCCGGCAGUGGCCACUUCCCGCCGCCGUCCCCGCUCUGGGAGCCGAACCCCUUCGAGCUGGCGCCGCAGAAGCCGGCGGAGGCCCCUCCAGUGAGCGGCCCCGAGUCGGGACUGAGCCCUGCCGCCGACAGGGAAGCCACCGGCGUGCACCCCGCACGCGGAGUGAACGGGGUGGUGAACGGCCGAGCCGACGGCGGCACCGCUCUCCCCAGCCCGUCCGCCCUGCUGUCCCCCGCGAAGGAGCCGCCGCCUCUGCUCGCCAAGCCCAAGCUGGACGCGCUCAGGAUCCAGCAGCUGCAGCAGCAGAUCCGCCGGGAGCGCGAGGCCCGCGCGCGCCCCUCGCCGCCCGCGUCCCCGGAGCCCCCGGAGUCGCGCGCGGAGCCCAUGAGCGCGCUGGCUGCCCGCCCCGCGCCCGCCAUGCAGGCCUCCAGCUCUUUCAGCUACGCGCGCCCCAAGCAGUUCAUCGCCGCCCAGAGCCUGAGCCCCAGCGCGCCCCGGUCCCCGGCGCCCGCGUCCCCGCCGACCUCUGAGCCCGAGUGGGGCGCGCUCCCACCGCCACCCCCGCCGCUCAGCCCGCCGGCGCUCGCCGCAGGGCCCGACUUCUUCCCGCCGCCGCCGCCUCCACCUCCGCCUGGCCCGGGUCCCGCGUCCCGCGCCGCCCGCCCAGGCCCCGCGCCUGCAGCGCUGCUCCGCGCCCUGCUGCCCUCGCAGCCAGCCACCGCCAGCACCGUCUCCACCGGGGUCUCCGCCCUCGGCCUGCCGCGCGCCGCCCCCGCUGCGGGGCUUCCCAAGAAGGCCAGCAGACCUGCGAGGAUGGCCUCCGACGAGGAGAUCCAGGGCUCCAAGGACGCCGUCAUCCAGGACCUGGAACGCAAGCUGCGCUUCAAGGAGGACCUGCUGAACAACGGGCAGCCGAGGUUGACCUACGAAGAAAGGAUGGCUCGGCGACUCCUGGGUGCCGACAGCGCGACUGUCUUCAACGUCCAGGAGCCGGAAGAGGAGGCGGCCAACCAGGAGUACAAGGUCUCCAGCUGUGAGCAGAGGCUCAUCAGUGAAAUCGAGUACCGGCUGGAGCGGUCCCCCGUGGAGGAGUCAGGGGAUGAGGCACCCUGCGGGGACACGUCUGUGGAGAGCGGAGUGGCCCCCUUCUUUGAGGUGAAGCUGAAGCAUUACAAGAUCUUUGAGGGUAUGCCUGCGACAUUCACGUGCAGAGUGACCGGUGACCCAAAGCCCAAGAUUUACUGGUUUAAGGAUGGAAAGCAGGUCUCCCCCAAGGACGAUCACUACAGCAUCCGCAGCGACCCCAGCGGGACCUGCUCCCUGCACACCGCAGCCUCCACGCUGGAGGACGAUGGCAAUUACACGGUCAUGGCUGCCAACCCUCAGGGCCGCGCCAGCUGCACGGGACGGCUGAUGGUCCAGGCCGUGAACCAGAGAGGCCGCAGCCCCCGCCCGCCGGCCGGACACCCUCACAGCAGAAGGCCUCGCUCGCGGUCCAGGGACAGCGCUGACGAGGGCGAGCCCACCCAGGAGCGCUUCUUCCGCCCGCACUUCCUGCAGGCGCCCGGGGACCUGACCGUGCAGGAAGGCAAGCUCUGCCGCAUGGACUGCAAGGUCAGUGGGCUGCCCACGCCCGACCUCAGCUGGCUGCUGGACGGCAAGCCAGUGCGCCAGGACAGCACCCACAGGAUGCUGGUGCGGGAGAACGGCGUGCACUCCCUCGUCAUCGAGCCUGUCUCGGCCCGGGACGCCGGCAUCUACACGUGCGUGGCCACCAACCGGGCGGGGCAGAACUCCUUCGUCCUGGAGCUCGUGGUCGCAGCUAAGGAAGCGCACAAGCCUCCGGUCUUUCUGGAGAAGCUGCAGAACACGGGCGUGGCGGACGGCUACCCCGUGCGCUUGGAGUGCCGGGUCUCGGGGGCACCCCCACCACAGAUAUUCUGGAAGAAGGAGAACGAGUCUCUGACCCACAGCACGGACCGCGUGAGCAUGCACCAGGAUCACCUCGGCUACGUGUGCCUGCUCAUCCAGGGCGCCACGAAGGACGACGCGGGCUGGUACACGGUGUCGGCCAAGAACGAGGCCGGGAUCGUGUCCUGCACGGCCCGACUCGACGUGUAUACCCAGUGGCAGCAGCCGCCGCCGAGCGCCAAGCCGAAGCGGGUGCGGCCGUCGGCCAGCCGCUACGCCGCGCUCUCCGACCAGGGCCUGGACAUCCGAGCAGCGUUCCAGCCCGAGGCCGGCCCGUCCCCGCUGGCGCUGAGCCCCGGCCUGGUGGAGAGUGAGGACCUGUGAUCGGCGCCCUCUCGGGAGCACAGACCCAGACCACGCCGCCCAGACGCGCCUCCUGCCGCGGGACGCAAGUGCACCUCGACUCCGAGAGACAAAAGGGCACCUCAACUCUGCUUUUCUUCCCAUAAACCAAACCAGAGGCUGCGCACACAAUGCCAGUAGAUGCACACCUUGCACAGAAUUCACACUCAUCAGCCAAUUCAGACUCCAGGAAUUGCUGUGAUUCAAGGGGUCUGAAAUGCCAAAGCCCUCACGGAGAAGUGACCCUGCUCCGUGUUGUCCCAAGUGCCUUCAACACUGGCUCAGCGCUGCCACCCCACGUGAGCGCGGGGGCUUCCCGGAGGCAGCCCCACAGCAGCAGGGCAUGGCUGGGCAGUGUGUUCCCGCCACUGGUGACCCCGUGCGGGCAGCAGGAGGGCACGACCAAGAAAUCCACGCAAGUGCCUUGUCUGUGCAAACCAUUUUCUACUAAGUCGUACAAAGGAACCGCUUGCCUGCAGUUCUAGCAACAUCCUGAGUUUCUAUCAAGGUUAAGGAAGUGCCUUGUCUGUGCAAACCAUUUUUACUAAGUCUUACGAAGGAACCGCUUGCCUGCAGUUCUAGCAACAUCCUGAGUUUCUAUCAAGGUUAAAACCUUCGUUGUUAGCUUUUUCCUUAUGCGUAUUUUCCUUUUGUGUUGCCUUGGUAGGGAGCUUACAUACUGAAAUGCGUAAUGUACUCUGAGGAAAGCAGAAACAGACCACAGACCAUUCCACGGAGAGCGUCAACCACCCAAGUGUCCACAGCAGGCGGGGUGUGUCGGGGGUGAGGGUCCAGGGAGGAGCGGAGGGAAGGGGGGAGAAAUACACGGUGCAUGGUGAUGGUGUCCACGCAGGUGGCAGUGGGGCGGGAGCCAGUGGAGGCCAGGCUUCCCUUGGUUCUCUUCAAAUUCCAUCUACGACGCUGCCGUUCCUGAGUCAAGAAGCUGGGGUUCCAGCAGUGGGGGCCCUGGGGACACUGCAGGGUCAGAGCUGGAGGUGGGAUGCACAGAGCAAGUUGGUAAUGGGCUGAGCAGCGAGGUCGUCACGGGUCGGAGGCAGCCUGUGGGCACUGGUCUGCUGGGGGUUUGAGACUGAGCCAGAGCCAGGUGGGCGCCAGGGUGCGUGUUCUCCAUGGCGCCCGCACGGCAGGUGGGAGCGUAAUUUCUCCUCCCUGCGGCCAUGAGGCCGCUGACUGAAGAAGGUGCUGGGCUCCCAGUCAUCCCAAGGCCGUCCCGGUGCCCCUGACUCUGGUCAGCUGGACGGAGUGAAUUCUGACCAGGCUUGAUGGUUUUAAGUUGGAACCAAUCCACUUUAAACACGAGAAAAUGGGGCCUGCUAUGAUAUGAUAAUGGUACUUUGCUAUGAAGAGAACACACUGUAUUCCUUACGCAAAACACAUUUAUCUCAUUAUUUAUGAUAAAGAUGGCAAGCUCUCUUAGCUCAGUUACUCGAUAUGUAGUAUUUUUUAAUGAUUUUGUACCUGUGUGCCGCCCCGUGUAGCCCGUUUCACUGCUUCACAUGCACAGCUGUCCACGUCCUUCUCGACACGCCAAGCAAGCUCUGCGUGCCCAGUGUGAGCGCUGGUGCCUGCAGCCUGGGCAGACCGGCACGCGAGGCUCUCCUGGACCUCUCUCUCUUGCAGAAUUACGACUGAUGUCUUCUCGUACUUGCCAAAUUUUCCUGAAUGUGACAUUUUGCUAAUUUGCUGGGUUUGGGAUUAAGCAGCGUUAUUUUGCCACCUUUCAUGUAUUUAUAAAAACAAUAAGUACUAUCUUACUACUUUGGAUUGUUGUGCUGGUGUAAUGUGGAUUUAACAACAAUAAAUAUUUAACAAAUAAGA